GUGCUGAAACUAAAAUUCCCACCGAAACCCUCCCGAACUUGCUCGGGCUGCGUAUAACUAUACAUACAGAUGCAUCAUAUAUGUUAUUAUAACUGCACGUUAUAGUUUCAGCACACAGUGAGGCUUCACCCCCGCGGUGCCAGCAGGCUACUGCUCCUGCUUUCACCCACCCUUCGCUUUUACAAAAAAAAAAAACCCAUGGAUCAGUCAAAACCCAGAGCAGCCGGGGCUUGCUGGCAGAGGAAGGGUCUGCCUUGCCCCGGGUGGGGGGAGAAAUUAUGUUCCCCAACGUUUCCUUCUGCGAGGGCAGAGGCGGGCGAGCGGUGCGGUAUUUCCUGUGGUUGCAGCGUCUAAUGAGGUUAACACUGUUAUUGAGGUUAACUCUUCAACCGAUAUGAAAAAGGAAGCCACGGGUUCUGCAGCCGGAGGGGUUUGGGACCGGCGGCGGGAGCCGGUGGGAUGGAGAGCACCGGGGCAGCUCCGGAGCCUCGGCCCCUUCUGCCCCCCACCCCGGGGGUCCGCGGCCCCGUAGCAUCCCCGGAUGAGCUGGGGUCCGGCACAAGCAGAGGGGGUGACGCUCGGUGCCGGUGAAAACAACCUCAGACCUUGAGGAGUUUUUCCUUGUAGGCUUCUGGGAUUAGUAGAAAAAUGUUCUUUUGCUGAUGGAGCUCAGCCCGGCUCCCCAGGACCCCUCCGCUGGGCUCCUGUCGCCUCGCACGCAGCGGCACGAUCCUAAAAAUCCAUUCGGGAUGGACUUACAUUUGCCGGGAUGACUCCAAAUCCUGUAACAACUUAAAGACUAAAAAGACAACCCCCCCCGGGGCUGUUCCUUUAAGGGAUGCUGGGUUUUCCCAUGGACUGACUCAGACUGGAAACUCUCAGUUUUUCUCGACACAGCUAUCUAGGUCAGGCUUGCUGACACUUGCUGAUGCUUCUCGCCGUGCUCGACAGCCCCGGCCGCAGCAGCAGGCGGAGGGGCCCGGCAGCACAUGUCCUGAGGACUGGCAAGACUAUGCCAGGCGCGGGCAGCGGCCGCAGCCCAGGCCAUGGCGGGGUCCGGCGAGGCUUUGGCGCUCCACGUCCUGCUCUGCUGCCUGUGCGGAGGUGUCGCGAACAUCAAGUGCUCGGGGCACGUCUGGAUCGAGCCCGCGCCGGUGGUGCGGAUGGGCUCCAACGUCUCCAUCAACUGCCUCUCCACCCUCGGCUGCCCCUGGGCCAAGUUCCUCAUCCUCCUCAACUACAGCCUCGCCGAGGGUCCCCUCCGUCCCCUCAACAGCAGCACCGUCCGGCUCCAGCUGCGCAAUUUCCGAAUGCCCUUCGGGACCGUCGCCUGCUUCGCCCGCUGCUCCGACAGCGAAAGGCACCGGCUGGUGUGCGGCACCCACGUCCUGGCCGGCUACCCUCCGGACCCCCCCAGCAACCUGACCUGCGCCAUCCGUGAGCGCUCGGGGUGCCUGGCGUGCACGUGGGACGCGGGACGGCCGACCCACCUGAGCACCCGCUACGCCCUCCACCUGCGCAGCGUGGGGACGGCGGCGGCGGAGGAUGCUGAGGAGGAGGAUGCUGAGGAGGAAGAGGUCUUCCCCGCGGGUUUGCCGGUGCCGCUGAGCGCGCUGCGUGGCGGGAGCCGCUACUCGGCGUGGGUGCAGGCCAGCAACGCGCUGGGCGCUGCCCGCUCGCCGCCUCGGCGCCUCGACCUGCAGGAGCUCGUGGUCCCCGCUCUACCCCUGGUCGCCGGCGCCGAGACGACGGAGACGUCGCCUCCCACCACCACCAUCCGCUGGAAGAGGCAGACGCUGCUGGAGAACGUGCGCUGCGAGGAGCGACACAAAGCCACGGGUGCCCCGGCGUGGCACGUGGAGGCGUGGGACGGCACGGCGCAGCACGGCACGGCGCAGCACGACCUGCAGAGUAACACCCAGUACGCGUUUCAGGUCCGGUGCCGGCUCAGCCCUGCCGACAGCCCCUGGAGCGACUGGAGCACCCCUUUUCUCUACACCACCCCCGAGGCAGCCCCCGCCGCGGCACCCGACGUCUGGCGGCGGCUGGGCCCGGCGUUCUCGAACGGCAGCCGCGAGGUGACGGUCUUGAUCAAGCCCCUGCCGCCCCGGGAUGCCCGCGGGAGGAUCCUGGGCUACGCCGUGACCGCCGAGACCCCCCGGGGAGCGAUGCUCCUCUGCAACACUUCCAGCACGGCGUGCAGCGUCCUGGUCCCCCCGGGAGCCCGUGCCCUCCAAAUCACCGCGCACAACUCCAGGGGGGCUUCCAGCCCCGCCAGCAUCACCCUCGGCAGAGGUGCCGGCGGCCGGGAAGAGUUCCCGGCACCGGGGGCUGUGGAGGUGAAGCCCGAGAACCGGAGCGGGAUCUCGGUGGCCUGGCAGCCCCCCCGCCGCAGCGGGAGGUCCCCGCUCUGGUUCAUAGUGGAGUGGGUUUCCACCGCCCAGUAUAGCCAGGAGGGGCAAUAUUUUUGGAAGAAAGUCCCACGCCAGGAAACACACACGUAUAUCCAAGAAGAGGCAGUACUAGGAGGUCGCAUCAAGGUGUCGGUAUAUGCGGUCUACCCCGACGGAGUCAGCAAACCAAGCUCCGGCCAAGUCCCUUCAGAGGACCAGCUCCUGGGCAGCACCUACAGCGAGAUCUCCCAUGAUGAUGACAUUGGCGUUUUCCUGGGACUGGGCGUCAGCGUGGUCAUAUUGUCAGCUGUUCUGUUAAUUCUGAUGUUUAAAAAAUCAGCCAGAAAAAGAAUUAGCACCAUCAUUGUGUCGCUCUUGCCAAAAUGGCUGUUUGAAGACUUUCCCCACAUGGAAAACAGCAACGUGGUAAAGUCACUCCAGGAGAAGAGUGAUUUCACGAGUAGCAGUUUCCAUGAGCCGUUCUUGGACACCAGUGACCCCACAGUUAUGGAAAUCGAGGAGGUGCCAGCGCACAAGGAGUACAAGAACGUGGCCACCAGAAGGAAGCCCAGCAGAGAGGUCCCCGAGGACGGGGAGCGCCCGGGGAGCAAGGUGCCUGCCAGCGUCACGACCCCCGAGCAGAUCACUGACUACAAACCUCAGGUGUCCGACGGGAACCCGCUGGGGUACGUAGCCGCCAAUAUUUACCAAACGCAGCCCCCCGCACCCCUCCCAGAACCGGAGACGAACGUCUUCUUCAGAGACUACACGAGCCCCGUUCCCCACCUGUGGGACGGGGAGGGAGGGGGACACCCCAUCUGUCUGCUGGAGAAGAUCAACCUCAUCUUAAACAACAGCCGGAGCGGGCAAAGCCACGCGUUCGGCUCAGCCCCGGGGGGACACGGCUCCCCCCCGGAGAGCCAGUGGGGACACACGCUGGCCAGCGAUGUUCAAGAGCAAACGCUGGUCCCCGAUGAGCUGGUCUCUUGCCUGAGAGCCAUGAACGGGGAGUCGGUGGAUACAAAGACCUGCUUUCCGCAAAGCAUCGGGAGAUUAUUUUGAGGGAAAUUUGUAGUUGUGAUCGGAAAAACCCGAAGCGGUGACCGCGGCACACAUCAACCUUUGAGACUGCAAGCAGCAGAACUGGAGCAAAACUCCAAGUCUGAAAUUUGCCUUCUUAAUCGACUACAAAUUCUUGUGGCUGCCUGGAAUGCCUUGGCCAGUAAAUCACAAUUUUAAACUUACCUCAUGUUGUCACAAGCAUAAAACCCAUAAAACUUGGAUUCCCGUAAGAACUGAAAUACAGAGCAGGUGAUUUCUGCAGCAUGCAAUAUGCUUCAAUUAUUAUUCAAAAUCAUUCUCUUGCUAAAUGUUUGGAGCAUUUUGUCCCUGGAGCUGACUGCAGUUAGGAUGGAUAAAACGAUCCCUUAGACAUCCUGACAGAAGCGUGUAACGUAUCUUGGGAUGACUCUUAAUGCAGAGACACUACACCGAGGAGGAUUUAUAUAUCAUACAGCAUACAUGGAUACCAAGAAAACAAACUCAUUUCUGUAUGACAGAAUAACCCAAUUUCAUAUGCUUUCCCAUUCAAUAAUAAAAACCACAUCAGGUAAGAACAAGCCUUCAUCGUCUGCCAGGCUGAUUUAAAAUCUCUUUAAAUUGGUCACUGGACAGAUUCUUCACUUUGGGUGAGGGACUUAUCAUCUCACAGCAGCUUGUCAGCACCUCAGCCUUGCUGGGUAAAGUACAAUAAGGCACAGCGAAAUGGCAUUUAUUAGGCACGUGACAGGGAAUUUGGAUCUUCUGACCUCCAGAAAAUGAAAUACAGGAGUCUCUUUCCUGCUGAGCAUCUGCGAUAUCAUUCCCAAGUUUGCCUGGGACUUCAGAGGUUGUGUUGCAAAAUGCUUCUAAAGCAACCAGAAACUCCCUGGAAAUGUGAGAGGUUGGAUUACAAACCUGUUCGCUGAUCACCCACGCCUUUUUAAGGAAACGCUCCAAAUGCUUUUAAGGAAUACAAGCAUAAAAGAAGUUUGCGAUCCUCUGUAAAGUGCCUCAGCGCUCGCUGCUCUCCGCGAGGUUUGCUCUGCCGGACCUUUUCUCCUACCUCUUGGGUCCCAGCAGAGACCGGUUUCGGUCUGGAGCCGCAGCCGGCGGGGGUGACGCUGCCUGUGGCUGGUGCCACAGCCGUGCACACUCGUGCACGCUCGUGCACGCCCGUGCACGCUCGUGCACAUCCUCGCGCGCUCGUGCGCGCCCAAGGCUGCUCUUUCGCGAGCCUCCGCAGGCCGGCGAAGCCACCUUCCCCCAGCUCACAUUCGGGCUGUUUUGGGGCCGUCUGCGGCAGGACGCGGGAACUCUGCCCCAAAAACUCCGGUUGGAGGCAGCGGUGCCUUCCCCACCUCGGAUCCGGGCGAAGGAGCAAAGAGCGCACGGCUCCCGCCGUCGCUCCCAGGAGGGACCGGGGGCUUCGAUAUACCCGGCUAGCAGCUCGCGAGAAUCCCGUUGACUUUGCAUAUAGCUUUGAGUCUCCCUUUGCAACAAAUAGCACAAAGGGCCUCUGAACUAUACACCCGUACGUGUGAUUUCUGCUCGCCGAGGAGCCUGCGUAGCUCACGGGGCGCUGGGUGACUGAGCCGGCCACGCACAGCCCAGGGAAUAUUUGCAGGGAACGUGUCUUGUAAGAAUGACGCUAACACCAGCACGUUAACAGGCAAAAGGAUCUGACCGUGCGUUACCAAAAAUCCGUAAAAUAACAAGAGCGAGACUUGACAAAUUUUUGUAAGACUUAAAAGUUGCAAAGCUAAGGUAAAUGCUAACCUACAUGUAAUUACCUAUUUAGAGUUAUCCAUUUUAGUAUUAUGAAAUCACUUUUUGCAGCAGCACUGCUAAACCUGGAGAUUAUAAUAUUUCUUUCUAUUUUUGCUAGGCACUGUAUGCGCUUCUCUGACAGCCGUUGUGCAAACGGAUCGAUUUUGUUGUUUACUCCUGGAUACCUUCAAACCAACAUUGUUGUGCGCUGUACUUGUUUCCUUUUAACAACCCUAGAAAUCUGUCGCUUAAGUGUGUACAGAGUAGUAGUUACCUGGCAAGGCAGGGUAGGAUUCUUCUUUAGAAGCAGCAAACUGUUUCCAAGCCAGAAGUGUGACUUUUACGUGUAAGCGAGUCUAAAAUUAGUGAUUGCCGCCUGUGCAGGAAGGAAAUUGUAAAAGAACAGCCACAUACUACCAGCAGCCCAAAUGUGAGAUGGGGAAGGUAUUUUUUUCAAUGUCCACAUCCUGAGACUCACACUGCCUGUAUCGCCUGAACUACCAAACCCUGCGGGUGAAAAUGCUCAUCUUGUCAGAAAACAAGGCUGAAAGCCUGGUCUUACAUUUCAGGUACCCGCUGGUUGAAUUUCCAGCCCUGCUAACUUGCUCCAGGAUGGACACCUGCAAAUAUAUCUGUGGCCAGAGGAGCACAGCUCCUCUCCUCUUCAGCAGCUCUCGGCAGGCAGCGGUGCAGGGAUGAGACAUUGCCCUGCUCUCACCAUGCACGCGUGCUGCACCAGUGGCAAAGCUCCCGCUGAUUUCUUGGGGGGGACCGAAGGAAAUAUUUCUCCUUAAAAUGGUUGCAUGGAUGCAUCUGGUAAAUAUGGACUGGUUACUGGAGAAAAUGGAAAGAGAAGGGCACAAAUAUACGUGUAUAUAUGUG